AUGGCUAUUCCCUCAUUUUUCCUGACAGUUUUGACUCUUUCACUUUCAGUUGUUCUAGCAGCUGGUACCAGUACAUUCCAAGAUUUCUGUGUGGCAGACCCACAAGAGAAAGGAAACGGGUUGGCAUGCAAAGAUCCAAAACUUGUUGAGGCGAAUGACUUCUUCUUCAGCGGUCUUCACAUAGCAGGAAACACCACAAACCCAGUUGGGUCUAAAGUGACACCGGUUUUUGUUUCUCAGCUUCCAGGGUUGAACACUCUUGACAUCUCCAUAGCUCGCAUUGACUAUGCCCCAAAGGGCAUUAAUCCUCCUCACACGCACCCUCGCGCCACUGAAGUCUUGACCGUUCUGGAAGGCACCUUGGAAGUUGGAUUCGUCACUUCCAACCCCGAAAACCGUCACUUGAGAAAAGUUCUACAGAAGGGUGAUGUGUUUGUGUUCCCGACAGGGCUCGUCCAUUACCAGAGAAAUGUUGGGUAUGGCUAUGCUGUGGCCAUUGCAGCACUUAGCAACCAGAACCCGGGAGUCAUCACCAUUGCUAAUGCAGUGUUUGGGUCUACGCCUGACAUUGAUAGCGAUGUUCUUGCUAAAGCUUUCCAAUUGGACAAGACUACCAUCAACUAUCUACAGUCCAAGUUCUAG